AAAAAAAAAAAAAAAAAAAAAAAAAAAAUACAGAUCAGAAGAAGACAAGACAUACUCAAUUCAAUCAAAUUGAUCAGAUCAGCACCUGAUUUUCACCACCACGACUAGGGCUUGGAGAAGAGGUGCGAUCAGGUGAGCCGCUAGAGCGCGAUCCGUCGGGGGACGAUGGUGAGGGAUCGGAAACGACCACCUCCGGAGAAGCAGAUGCAGAUGCAGAUGCAGAUGCAGAUCCGUCCAUGUUCAUGACCGUCUCCGGAGUAGAAAGCAUCGCCAUGAAUGAGACUAAAAAGGAUGUUAUGUUGUUGAUGCCAAAGAGGAAGUGUGCUCAGUUUGGCGGUCGUUGGGUGCGGCGUACGUCGUCAACGUCAACGGCACAUUUUAGUCAAAACACCUCCCCCAAUUGGGCUUAAUGGCCCAUCCUUUACUCACCCAUUUGGUGGCCCACAGCUUGAAGGAACCACACAUUCUGUCUGCCUGGAUGUGCUACGGUUGUUUGCCCAUGGCACCUGGGGUGACUACAAAUGCAAUGCCUAGCCGUAUGUAUCCCUCAGUUGUCUCCUCACCAAAUUCUGAAGCUAAAGCAGCUCACUCUGCUUACCCUUGCCGAGUCCAACAAGGUGCUGCCUUAUCAUACUCUGAUGGUCGAGUUAGAUGUCACCAAUGUUCGUCAACUCGAGGACUUUCUUAUUAAUGCAUGCAUGUACGCUGGUAUAGUUAGAGGAAAACUGGAUCAGUUGAAGAGAUGCUUCGAGGUUCCAUUUGCUGCUGGUAGGUAUCUAAGGCCAGGACAACUAGGGGAUAUGUUACACGCAUUCUCAAACUGGUUGAACACAUCAGAAAAUCUUCUCUGUUCAAUUUAAGACAAGUUAAAAUGGGCGGACAAAUGGACAAAAAACAUCGCAAGGAAGCAGGAGAAGGAGUGGAAGAAGUGAAGAGGUCUCUGUCCAUGAAGUUUGGGAGAAGAAAACGAUGGGGUGAGUAAAUCAGUUUCAAAGCGUGGGCAAAAUUCUCGUGUGCUCUCGUCGUCUCGGUGAAGCAAAUCUCCGGUCCUCUCCUCCUCUACGACGAUCGUGUGUAUCGGUGGGUCUCCUCCUCAAGGACGAAUCAAAUCGUUGGUGGUUCUCCUCCUCGACCAAAUAUCGAAUCGACUGUUGCUCUCCUCCUCGACGACGACGAAUCAAAUCGUCGGUGGCUCUUCUCAUCGACGAGGAAUCAAAUCAUCGGUGGCUUUUGUCGAGGAGGAAGCAUUCGUAUGUUGCUGGUCCUCAAAUCGAAAGAUUAAGACCUCAAAAGAAACAGAGAUGGUGUGAUUGAGGAGCAUGACUUGCAAGUGAAGCGUUUAGAAGACAAUAUAACACAAUUAAUCAGACUUGUGUUGUUGCUUCCUCAGGCAUUGCCUUUAGCGAUGGAUCAGGAGAGAAGAAGAAGGUUCGUCAUCAACAAGGACGAGAAAAGCAAUACAGGUCAGAGUGGAGAAUUGGGAGUGGAGACAAACUUGGCAUCUUGUGUAGUCAUGUUGUCACGGACUUGCGUCAUCUUGUCAUCUUGUCACGGACUUGCGUUUGAUCUCUCUUGUUUGAGAACUGAGAGUGGAAAGAGACCUUGGCAUCUUGUGUAGUCAUGUCAUCUUGUCAUGGACUUGUGCAGAAACCUUGGCAUCACCCUGUUGUUUUUUCCUGGUUGUAGUAUCAGGUCUUGUUUUUAAGUAUCAGGUCUUAUGUUGUAGUUUCAUGUCACGGACUUUUGUAAGCAAAGUGUAAGAAAGUUUUAUAAAUGGGCGUGUAUUCAAGAUUGUAGAAUGCAAGUUCUUUCUUCUUAUCUCACAAAACGUUCCCUCUCACUUUCAUUGCCUCUCACAAAACGUUCCAUUUCUAAGCUAUUUCUUCCAUCUCAAGAUAUUUCUUCCAUCUCAAAACGUUCCAUCUAAUAAAUCGAUUCAAAAUAUUUAUCAGUUCAAAAGUUCCAUCUCAAGCUAUUUCUUCCCCAACAAGUUUUUUAAAAAAAAAACAUCUCAUGGCAUCUUCUUCCCAUAACAAUUUUGAGGGAGUAGAUGAUGAAACUUUUGAUCAAUAUUUUGAUCAAUAUUUUGAUCAACAAUUUGAUCAAACUUUCGUAAAUCUUUGCGUUGGUCAAGAAGAUGCAUCCAAGAGACGGAAAAAACGAGUUUAUAUCGAGAGAAAUCGUGAACAAGGCCACGCACGGUUAUGGAAUGAUUAUUUCAGUGAUACUCCAACAUAUCCUGAAAAUUUUUUCCGACGCCGUUUUAGAAUGAACAAGCCAUUGUUCAUGCGUAUUGUUGAUCGUCUCUCCACUGAAGUUCAAUACUUUCAGCAAAAGGAAGAUGGUCUUGGAAGGCUUGGUCUCUCUGCACUCCAAAAAUGUACAGCAGCUAUUCGUGUCUUGGCGUAUGGUCAUGCGGCUGAUACGGUCGACGAAUACAUCCGGCUCGGUGAAACUACAACUCGGUUAUGUGUGGAAAAUUUUGUGGAAGGAAUAAUAAAUUUAUUCGGCGAUGAGUACCUAAGAAGACCAACCCCCGCUGAUCUUCAACGUCUACUUAAUAUUGGAGAGUAUCGUGGAUUUCCCGGGAUGAUAGGAAGCAUCGAUUGUAUGCAUUGGGAGUGGAAGAAUUGUCCCACCGCUUGGAAAGGACAAUAUUCUCGUGGUUCGGGUAAACCAACAAUCGUUUUAGAGGCGGUUGCUUCAUAUGAUCUCUGGAUAUGGCACGCGUUUUUUGGACCUCCAGGUACCUUAAACGAUAUCAAUGUUUUUGAUCGCUCCCCUGUUUUUGAUGACAUAAUAAAGGGUCAAGCUCCACAAGUCACUUACUAUGUUAAUGGAAGAGAGUAUCAUUUGGCUUACUAUCUCACCGAUGUUAUUUAUCCAAAAUGGGCAACAUUUAUCCAAUCAAUUUCACUACCACAAGGACCGAAAGCACAAUUAUUUGCUCAACGUCAAGAAGCUGUCCGAAAAGAUGUCGAGCGUGCUUUUGGAGUCUUGCAAGCUCGCUUUGCCAUUGUUAAAAAUCCAACACUUUUUUUGGGAUAAAGUCAAAAUCGGAAAGAUUAUGAGAGCAUGUAUCAUACUCCAUAAUAUGAUAGUAGAAGACGAACGAGAUGGAUACACUCAAUUUGAUGUUUCCGAGUUCCAACAAGGAGAAGACAACGGAAGUUCACAUGUGGAUCUCACAUAUUCUACAGAUAUGCCUACAAAUAUCGCCAAUAUGAUGGGAGUUCGAACUAGAAUUCGUGAUAGACACAUGCAUCAACAACUGAAAGAUGAUUUGGUUGAACAUGUAUGGUUUAAAUUUGGACGUGAUGAAGACAACAACUGAACUCCGAUGCUUCUUUCAAAUUAUUAUCGUUUAUUUUCCUAAUCUUUGUUUUUAUGUUUUUAUUUAAAAAUCUAUGUUUAAAAUGUUAUCUUUUAAUAUGUUUUACUUAAUAAAAAAAUGUUAAGUUUAAUAAAAAAAAUGUUUAAUGAUUUUUUUUUUAAGAUCCCUAAAUUAAGAACCUUGCAAUGGACCACUAAAAUGUGUGGGUUUCUUAACCUUGUCUCUUAUUUCACUUUUUGUUAUUAAAUGCAUUAAAAAGUAAUAAGAACCCCUAAUAUGAGUCUUUGCAAUAAUCAUGCUCUUAGAGCAUAAUUAUCCCAUGAUCCUUAAGUGGGUUUCUUAAUGAUUAUUUAAUAUUUUAAAUGUAUUUAAGUGGGGUUAAGAACUCUAGUUAAGAAAUUUCCAUUUUGAACGGUCCAAUGGGAGUUUCUGAAUUAGAGGUUCUUAAAAAAAAAAAAAAAUUUAGAUAAAAUUUAUUUAUUAAAUAAAACAUAUUAAAAGAUAACAUUUAAAAUAUUGAUAUAAAAAACAUAAAAAUAAAGAUUAGUAGAAUAAUCGAGAAUAAUUUGAAAAAAACAUUCUGAACUCAGUUGUUGUCUUCAUCACAUCCAAAAUUACUCCAUAAAUGUUCAAUCAAAUCAGCUUUGAGCUGUUGAUGUAUUUGUCUAUCACGAAUUCUAAUUCGAACACCCAUCAUAUUGGCGAUAUUUGAAGGGAUAUCUGUAGAAUACGUGAGAUCGACAUGUGAAGUUCCGGUGUCUUCGUCACGUCGAAAUUUACGCCAUAUAUAUUCAACCAAAUCAGCUUUCAGUUGUUGAUUGUCUAUCACGAAUUUUUGUUUGAACAAACAUCAUAUUGACGAUAUUUAAAGGUAUUUCAACAAUAAACCAAAAUAAUUAUAAUUUAAAAUAAAAUAAUUUAAAAUUAAAUCGAAAAUUGUUUUAUUAGUAAAAAUAAAAUAAAUUUAUUUAUUUAUUAAUUAAAAGUGGUUUACAAAUACAUUCUGGUUACAAAACUAAACCAUAAAUUAAAAAAUAAAAUCAAACCAUCCCAAUUUUAGGUAUACACUAAACCAAAAAAAAAAAAUCUAAACCUAAAAAAAAAAAGACACGCUGCCUUCAGGCACCACGUCACCAUCUUCCUUCACCACCCGAAACAGGAAGAUUGACUGGUAUGGCCACGGCGUCUUCUUAUUCUUUUGAUCCUCACCGGCGGAGUCUCUGAUUCGUCAUGGGUUCACUUCCGGCGAUUCUGCUCACGACCACGGACCAGCAUCUAUGCUCACGAUCUACCAAAAACAAAAAAAAAAAUUAGAUUCAACAGAGACAUAGAAACAGAGAAAUGGAGAUCCAUCUAAGAGAAACCAAUUGAACAAACAAUUGCAGGUUACGAAAGCCAUCAGAUAAGACAAGAGAAGAAAAAGAAUAACAGAAAAA